AUGCGUAUUUACUUAUUUCAGGUCAGCUUCCACAGAUUUCCCGAGAGCAUUCAGAUUCGGAAGCAAUGGAUCGUCGCUAUUAAGAGAGACCCAGGCAAGGAGUUUAGAAUCACUAAAAACACAAAAGUGUGUUCACUCCACUUCCAAGAUGAUGAUUUCGUGAAUAAUGUCGCUAGUGGCUUGAGAAUACUACGAGACAACGCUGUUCCAUCGGUUUUUGCGUUCAGCAAACCAAAGAAACAAAGAAAGCCACCGAAAUCAAGACCAAUCGUGACAGCAACAACUGUGCAGCAGUCACUGUCCUCAUCGCAGCCGCUGUGCGCUAUCGAAAACCUCGAAAACUUGCUGGAAGUGACCCCUGAGCCCUGCCCACCAGAACCAUGCAGGUGCAACAGCCAUGAAGAGCUACAGCAAGUAAAAGCAAAACUGGCCCAGAGAGAGACAGAAAUAACAAAGCUUCAACGUGAAUUGGAGGGUGCUCGUGCAACAAUAACAGAUAGAAAUGGCGAGAUAUGGAAGCUACAAGCAGAACUUAAUAACAUGAUGAAAGAAUGUGCUAGUCUCCAGCAGCUAGUCGCUCCGUUCUCCUUGGAGAAAUUCAAGAGUAGCAAGGAUGACAUAAGUUUCUACAACGGCCUCCCAAGCUAUGAACAUUUGAGUGCCCUAUACCAGUUUCUGGACCCCGGCAAUGCAGGAUGCAACAUCAUAUGGCACGGCUCUAACACAACAAACAACGAGUCAGACCGUGGCCGAAAACGGAAGUUAAGCACUGACAAUCAGCUCUUCCUCGUGCUUGUGAAGCUCCGAUUGGGUCUUUUCCACAGGCAUCUUGGGCAUCUUUUCAAUGUCUCAACAGCCACAGUAUACAUAAUUCUGACCACCUGGAUUGACUUUAUGUACCUGAAGCUUGCUAAACUAGCUCUUUGGCCACCAAGAAGCGUGAUAGAUGCGACGAUGCCAUCACAGUUCAGGGUCGAGUACCCUUCAACCAGGGUAAUUAUUGAUGCCACAGAGGUUCGAUGUGAGGUCCACAGCUCACUCGGGUUACAGUCCGCAACGUACUCACACUACAAAUCUACGAAUACAUUCAAGGCACUCAUUGGUGUUGCACCUGAUGGACGAUUGACAUUUGUUUCUGAACCCUUCACAGGCUGUGUGUCGGACAGAGAAAUCGUAGUAAAGAGCGGGUUCCUAGACCUAGAGUUCACACCAGGCGAUUCAGUGAUGGCAGACAAAGGCUUCAAGAUUGCAGACCUACUAGAAAAGAAAGGGGUGGGCUUGAACAUCCCCCCAUUUCUUACAAAUGGACAGUUCAGUAGUGCAGAAGUGCGUGAAACACAUUAA